GACUGGAACUUCUGGCUGCUUUUAAUUGAUGAUGACCUUUCACGUUUUUUAUUAUGUUAACUAUACAGUUAGUUGUUUUGGUGCAGAAGAGAACUUGGUUGAAGAAGAGCCUUCUGUAUCUAAGUUUGAGAACAUAAUAACGGAUGGUCCCCUUACUAAUGUUGAUGUUGUGGAAGAGAAUAGUGGUGGAGAGAAAUAUAGUUGUGGGGGCAGGGUUUUCUCAGAACAUGGUGACAAAAAUGAAGGAAGUGAAGUAAUUAAAGUGCCUUCAUCAGAUGACACUUCUGGUCAUGGGGGAUGUUCUGAAGUUGCUGCUACUCCAAGGCAUCCAAGUGAGGGAGUUUUGUUACAGGUAAAAACUGUAUACCUUCAAAGGCUACCCAAGUCUUGGGAUGUGGAGAAGCUGAAAGAGACAUGUAAACAAUAUGGUCUGAUCAAAAGAGUUGAACUAUUUCAGAAUUUCGGCAAGAAAGGCAAUGAUGUUGGAUUUAUUGCUUUCACCACCCGAGAGAGUGCACUAGCUUGUAUUGAAGGGAUCAAUGGGGCACAGUUUGGAGAAGUCAAGGGUGCUUGUAGAGGAUUCAAAGAUAGAGAAAUGCAUAGAAGCACAAUUGGCUUGAAGAUCAUUGGUCAUGCACAAUUAGAAGUUGCUCAAAAAAAGGCUAAGCUAACAGGGCAAUCUGUUACUAACAAAUCUGAGAUGACUGAGGAAAUGACAAUGCCAAUUCCUGAGCAAGACAGCCAGUUUCUUUCAAACAAGAGAAAUACUGAACAAGGUGGGUCAAAUAAAUCACAAAGUGUUGUUGUUGAAGCUCAUGAUGGUAGUCUGCCUUCCAAGUCUGGGAAAACACGUAGAAGGAGAAGGAAAAGGAUGAGAGGUGGAUCAAAUAAGUUACAACUCAUUGUUGCUGAAGCUCAUGAUGAUUGUCCCCCAAUUAAGUCAGGGAAAACAGAUCACAGGGGAAGAAUAAGGAAGAGAGGCAGUCAUCUAGACUAUAAUAAGAGGCCAUCAAAGAAACCAUAUGGCAAUUUUCAAGUUCAGAAUAAGGAUUCUUCCAGAAAUUCAAAAAGGAAAUCUCACUUUAGGAGGGAACCAGGCUAUACUACAAAUUCUAUUCCAUAUAGAAUGUCAUAUGCAGAGGAUUAUGCUCCCUUAUCAAGUGGUUAUCCAGUCUAUGCUGGGAAUGCUAUUUCAAGAUCCAAGAGACCCCAUUCAUAUAUGGAGCCCCAUGCUGGAUACCUGGAACCUGUGAGGAUAAAAGACCAAUAUUACAAGAGACUAAAUGAACCUUCUCUUAUCCAUUAUGAGCAAAUCCAUGCAAGCUACCUUGAACCUUCAUUCCGAAAUGGAGGUUUAUCCCAUGCUGAUUACCUUCAACCUGCACAGGCUAAAGAUAGUCUUCCUCAUGCAGGACUAAUUGAGUCCAGUGUAAAACAAAUCCUCGAUGUAGAUUAUACAACAAGAACUGGUGCAUACAAUGGUGUAGGCAAUUGAGGAUCUGCUUGCAGGGGAGGUAGCAUGAUUUGUCUUGUAAAAUAUGUUUUUUGCUAUAAAGUUUUCAGUCUCCUACGUGCAUGCUUCCCCACCAUUGAUAUUUCUAAUUUUUCUGCUAAUUUGUUUGGGAAUCAUCCUGGAAACCAUUAUACUCUCGGCAAAACUUGCCUCCAUAUGUUUAUAGAAUAAUUUGAUCUCUGUCUUAGACACAUGCAUGUGUACUUGCACCUGGUUAUGUGUAUAUCUUGUUGGGACUUGGGAAGAGGGAUGUUAAUAAUGAAUACAGUUGACC